AUGUCGCGAGGGCUUGAUGAAAGAUCAAAGAAAUUUAUCGAUGCUGUUCAAGCUGAUCUCCGAGCUUUGUCGAACGAAACAAGGCGAAAAUUCCAGCCAGUCAAAGAGGUACAACAUCUGUUUAAUGCUUUGUAAAAGCCUUCAAUUUGUUAAGACAAUGUGUGGUUUAAAAUCGUAGUAUUAGAAAAAAAACUGGCAAAUUAACAAAUUUAAGCUUAUAAAAGUUGCAAUUAUUUUUGUGUUAAUUUUUUCAACUUAAUACUCCCUUUUAUUUGUAAACUUCUAUUUUUUGUCUGUUAAUUUCUUUAAAAAAUCUUUUUAUUCAUUUUUCUUUUCAGGCCGCCGAAGCCGGGAUUUUACGUCUCAGAACUAUUAGUGCUGCAAAGUCAAGAAAUGUUAAAAUCACCAAAGGUACAACUGCAUAAUAUUUUAGAAGCUGAUAGACGGAAAUCCAGAAGUCACCUGUUGCCUAAAGAAACUCCCAAAAUGUCAAUGUAUAUAUUUAUCAAUAGGCUAACUUUCAACGAAUUUAUAAUGAACAGCACUCCAUGAUUUUAAAGAGCUUGCGACUAUGUUUAUAUUUGAUUUUGCAAGGUGAAAUAUGUAAAUGUAAAUGUAAAGAGCAGAUCAAGAAAUUUAUUUACAGGGUUUGCACGCACCUUGAUUGUCCUUGAAAGUCCUUGAAUUUGAGAUUAAAAAUUCAAGGCCUUGAAAGUCCUUGAAAAUUGCAGUCGGUGCUGGAAAGUCCUUGAAUUUCAGUGCUAACUUUAUCUAACCCAAAGGAAAAGGAGCAAACACAGAUGACAUUCAGGUUAAAAUUGCUCAUGUUGUGGAGAAACUAAAAAAGACAUAGACACUAGACUCUUUUUUGCGCCGAAUGGUGUCCUUAAUUAAUGGAAGUGUGUCCUUGAAAGUCCUUGAAAAGUCCUUGAAUUUUUUGCUCAAAAAAGGGUACAAACCUUGUAUAAUUUUAAUACUUGAAUGGGGGAGUCUAAAAUGUGGACUGCAGACUGACUAUGGACUAUUGUUUUUAGGGUUAGAAAAUAAUGGGACUAUUGUUACAUUCUCAUUUGCAUGGUGAAAACAAUAGUCUUCAGUCUGUAUUUACACUGACUGUACCACAGUAUUUAAAUGAUGACCAUCACACCAUGCAUUCCUAUAGUCAAUGGUUCCACUAAUCCUAUUUCCCCGGGCUUAUCAAUUACUGUACACCCUUUAUUGCACUAUUUUUAUCUUACAAUUGUGGAGGCAGGAUAUUGGCCAUUCAGUUAGAGCACUGGACAUUUAAAAUCUGUAGGCCCCAAGUUCAAGUCCCCCCCUUCGACCCCUAGCUGGAUAAUUUUUGUUCUUAGUAGUCCUGAGUUCAAAUACUUUAGCCAACUGUUUUGGUUGGAAACAGAAGACAUGGUUUUAUAUACUGAUUUUUUUCAAGGCUUUAAAUGUUUUUCAAUGGUACAAAAAUUACAGUGGGCAGAAUUUGCUCUUCAAGCAUUUGUUGAGUGAGUACCGCUCAUGGAAAAAGGCUGUAAUUUGGGUUAUUAAACUGUCUACAAUAUAAUGGAGAUAAAUUCUUGUUAUAAUCAUAUGAAUAAGGAUUGCGACCUGACUUUCGCUUAUACAGAAUGUCGGGUCUUUUGCGUAUUAGUAGGCAAAUUUAAUUCAGGUAAAAAUUUUGUAACCUACAGUGUAGGUUGUUUAUCAAUUUCUUAUCUCACCUAGCCCUAAUUCAUGAAUAAUUUGGACUAAGAGACGAGGAAAUUUGAGAAUCGUCCUAGGUUCUUAAAGAUGUCAAUCUGAGUUGUUUUCUUUUGACCUAUAACAUAAACAGUUUGUAGAUUUUUACCGCGGCAGGAUUAGCUCAGUUGGUAGAGCGCUUGACUGCAGAGCGUGAGGUUGCGGGUUCGAUUCCCGGGGUCAGACCAAUACUCAGGGUCUUAAAAUAACUGAGAAAUAAUGGUACUAACUUUGCCCAGCAAAUGGCUAGAUCUUCGCAUGGCUCAGAUGACCAAGUAAAAUGGCAGUCUCCUCUCCAGUAGGAGACGUUAAUAUAGUGUCCCCAAUUAGCACUUCCGUGCUAAAUACAUUGACACUCAAAUAAAGUGCAUUUUUUUAAAAAUAUUUUUGGUUACAAUUAUCAUGUUAGUAAAGUCUAACCUUGUUAAAAAGCUGUGAAAACCAAUAUGCACUGCAUUGUUGAGGGGAGGGUGUGGCACUAAUUUAGGAUGGUGCUUAUUCAAGUUUAAUAUUAUUAUACACAUCGUGAUUCCUUUAUUUUAUUGCAUAUUUAGUUGUUUCAGAAGAAAAUGAGAUAGUCCAGCCUUUCCUACUUGGUUGUGAUACCAAAAGUCUUCGUGUGGUGCAGAUCUCCCUGACGGCACUGCAGAGGCUUAUUACCAAUGAAGCUCUGUCUGAGGUAUGCAUUAAUUUUGUACUACUGAGUGUAUACCUGCCAACUCUCACGCCUUAGGCGUGAGUCUCACGCCUGCGGGUUCAAAACUUC